CUCAACCUUCAAACUCGUGUUGAACACGUUCAAUCACACAAUCUUCGCUAUACCCAACUAUCUAUUCGGAAUGGCCCGCCUCUCCACCUUCCUUCUCGGCUCCGCCGCUUUCUUGAGCGCUCUCGUCGGCGUCAACGCCGACUGCUCCCAAAUCUCCGGUAACUACUACUGCGAUGCCGUCUCCGCCAUCGAGUACCAGAACAUCGGUUUCGCCGGUUCUUACCAGCAGGUCACCGCUAUGGACACCUCCUCCUGCACCUGUACCUCUCAGACCAAGUCUUUCUCCGGAUCCCUUGCGCCCGUGAACGAGGAGUUGUCUCUUCACUUCCGUGGUCCCAUCCAGAUCGCCAAGGUUGCCGUCUACAACCUCCAGUCCGGUUCUUCCGCCGCCAAGAAGCGCGAUGUUGAGCCUUCUUCUUCUGACUGCCCUAAGGCUAAGAGGACUGGUCACUCUCACCACCGUCGUUCCGCCGUUGUUGAGGAGGUCUGGAUUACUGAGACCGUGCACACUACCAUCACCCGCACUCGUGGUGUCGCUGAUGGCACUGCCGCCGCUGCUACUCCUGCCACUACCUCCGCCUCCACCGCGGCCAACGGUAACGUUGUUGCCGUGGUUGUCGACGACAUUGUUUCUGUUGCCUCUGAGGUCGCCUCCGUUGCUGGCGAUGUUGUCGGUGACGUUGUUGGCGCUGUUACCUCCGUUGCUGGUGCCGUUGCUUCCGUCAUCGCUGAGGCCGGCCCCGACUCUUCUUCCUCCACCUCCACCUCUUCCUCUUCCUCCGCUGCUCCCUCCGUUACCGGUACCGCCUGGGUUCGUUCCUCCUUCUACGAGGCUUCGUCUGGUACCGCCGAGAACAUCGUGUUCAUGAACAACAUGGGUGGUGUCAAUGGCUCCGGUUCCUGGUCUUCUUGCUUCGGUAACACACUCUCCUACGCCAACGCCAACGGGGUCGACGCGGCUGCCGUUCCCCAGAUCUUGGAGGACGUCACCAUCCCCUCCAACAAGGAGGUGAUCAUCUUCUCCGGUGAGGCGUGUGACGACUCUUGCGGUUACGUCGCGGACGGUGCUCCCGCUUACAAGGGUUUCUCCGGCGGUGACAAGAUGUUCUUGUUCGAGUUCAUGAUGCCUACUGACUCCGCGUCCACCUCUUCCUUCAACUUGGACAUGCCCGCUAUCUGGGCUUUGAACGCCCAGAUCCCCCGUACCCUCCAGUACGGUGACGCUUCCUGCUCUUGCUGGACUACCGGAUGUGGUGAGCUCGACUUGUUCGAGGUCUUGACUACUGGUUUGGACUACAUGACUACCACCCUCCACGACUUCCAGGGUACCGGUACUCAGUACGGUGGUGGUGGUUCUUCUGACUACUUUGUCCGUCCCAAGACUUCUUACAUGCAGGCUGCCGUUGUCUUCUCCUCUUCUGACAAGACCAUCAAGUUGGCUGAGAUCUCUAACGUUGACUUUGGUUCUUCCAUUGCUCUCGACACUGUCUCUGGCUGGGGAUCUAACCCCUCUUCCAUCUUCGUUGCCUCCUAA